AGAAAUACUCAAUCGAACAUUAAAACAUAACCUAUAAAUAAGCUGUCAUGGAGGUUAAGAAUUUUUGCCGAACUUGUUCAAUUAAAACUUCUUCAUUAAUAAACAUAUUUGAUAACGACCAAACCGAUAAUAUCAAAGAAAUGCUGCUUUUAUGUACUUCAAUAAAUGUGAUCGAAGAUGAGGAUUUACCCCAUCAAAUUUGUUUUAAUUGUUUAAACGAGUUAAAACGAUUUUAUGCGUUUAGGGAGCUUACAUUGAAGUCAGAGAAAUUUUUUAAAACCGAAUUGAAAUUAAACGAAACUAAAAUACCCAACCAAAAUAAUUCUGUUUCAAAAACACAAAAAAUCAAUCCUACUAAAUCUCGUUUAUAUAUGUGUAAUAUUUGUGGGAAACAAUUCGGUCAAAAUUGGCAUUUAAAGGGACAUUUAAUCACGCAUAGUGGAAAAAGACCCUAUGAAUGUAAAUAUUGCAAUAAAACUUUUGCUGCACCUGGUACAUUAACGACACAUUUGAGAAUACAUACUGGAAGUAAACCACAUUCUUGUAAUCUUUGUGGGAAAAGUUUUGUUCAGUCGAGUUGUUUAAAAGUUCAUAUGAGGGUUCAUUCAAAAGAAAAAGUUGCUGAAUGUAAGGUGUGUUGUAAACAAUUUAGUCAAAAUUCUCGAUUGGUGACUCAUAUGAGGAUACAUACAGGAGAAAAGCCGUAUUCUUGCAAAGAAUGUGGAAAAUCGUUUUCUGUUAAAAGCUCUUUGAAUAAUCAUGUUCGAAUUCAUACCGGUGAAAAAUUAUAUGGUUGUGAAAUUUGUUUUAAGAGAUUCACCCAAUUAUCUACUUUAAAUAGUCAUUUAAAAACACAUAAAUAAAAUGAGUAUUUUUCUUCAAAA